AUGAGUCUUGACGAUGGGGGUGAUGUACAAAAGCACGUGGCAAUGGAGAACAGUAACAGUAUGGAGUUGGACCCCAUUGCAGUGAGAACAGGGAUGAAACCCACAACAGAAGGUGAAAUAGUGGAAAUGAUAGUGAUUGAUGAAGAAGCAAUGAUGAACAGUGAGAAUGAAGGUUGCUGUUCUUUCUCGAAACGAGGGAAACUAACGUGGUGGUCUGCAAUUAUUAUGGCAUUGUAUGUUAUUGGUACAUUAACCUCUAUGAUUGUAAUUGCAGUCUCUUCUGCACAUCGUCUCCCACCGCCUAUAUCAAGUAAUACGCAUGAGAAUAGUAAUGUGAGUAGAAAUAGUGCCUUCACCUCUUGGCUUCCCUCAUGUGAAGUGGUAAAAAGAGGUGAACCUUUUCAGUGUACAACAUAUGUGGAUUGUGUGAUGCUCAGUGGUUCUUGCGUUCCUUCAGAUCUCUUAGAGACUAUGCAGUGCCAGACUGUGGCUAUGAAUACCACAACAUUCCGGCGUAUGUGUGUAUCGGUUGUCUGA